GAUUUAUAGUUGUCCUGGGGAAUUUUGAGUCUUGAUAAUUAGAGUUGUCGAAGAACCGGUUGUACAACACCUUUUCAAACGUCUGAGGCCAAUCAUCUGGCCUCGGUAAUUAUCAACUAAGGACAGUUGCUAACAGAAUCAUCAGCAAGACGUUUUAUUUAAUUUCCGUCACCAUUUUUGGGACGUUGUGGAAAAUACUGGAAGGUAAACAUCCAUCAAAGCAUUUUAAACAGGGAACGGGUUAUUAGAAGUUUUAGAGACCUAGAAAAAACAUGUCGACGACAACAAUAUCGGCGUUGGCAGACAACAAGACGACGGGACUACCCGACGUUCUGGCCCGAGGAACGCGCGUUACAGCCCCCGAUAUCGCCGUCCUCGGUUUGUACCUUGUCGUGACCAUGGGGAUCGCGCUAUGGUCCAUGUUGAGGCACCACCAGAGCAGUGCCAGUAGCUACUUCUUGGCAGGGAGGAACAUGCAUUGGGUCUUGGUUGGAGGCUCCCUGUUUAGUAGUAACAUUGGCAGUGAACACUUCGUCGGUCUCGCGGGGAGUGGAGCUGCAACUGGGAUUGCAGUGGCAGGGUUCGAGUGGAAUGCCAUAUUCAUGAUCUUUCUCCUGGGCUGGCUGUUUGUUCCUGUCUACUUGGCCUCUGGGGUGUACACAGUUCCUGAGUACCUGCACAAAAGGUUCAACAGUCUGAGGCUGAGAGUUUAUGCCACUCUGCUCGCCCUCCUGAUGUAUGUGCUGACCAAGAUAUCUGUGGAUGUGUAUGCUGGUGCACUGUUUAUCCAGCAGUCCCUGGACUGGAACCUGUUCCUGUCUGUAGCAGUCCUCAUCAUCAUCACAGGAUUCAUCACUCUCACAGGAGGCCUGUGGGCUGUGAUGGUGAUGGACACCAUGCAGACUGUACUGAUGGUUAUUGGGGCUCUGGUUGUUGCUAUAAGAAGUUUCCAUGUUAUUGGAGGAAUUGACAGCUUGUUUGAGAAGUACCCACAAGCCAUCACAACAAUCGGUAAUCGGAGUAUCGGCCAGCAGUGUGGAAAACCGCCCUCCGAUGCCUUACACAUGAUCCGGGGCCCGGAAACAGCUGACUUUCCCUGGCCGGGGUUUGGUGGGAUCCUCAUAGCAUCCCUGUGGUACUGGUGUGCAGACCAGGUUAUAGUACAGAGAUGCCUGGCUGCAGAGUCCCUGUCCCAUGCCAAGGGAGGCUGUGUGGUGACUAUGUUCCUGAAGAUCCUGCCCAUGUUCCUUAUGGUCAUGCCUGGGAUGAUCAGUCGAGUGCUAAACCCAGAUACCGUAGGCUGUGCGGACCCAGUCAUCUGUCAGCAGGUGUGUGAGAGCCAAUCAGGAUGCAGCAACACAGCCUACCCUCAGCUGGUGCUGGGACUCAUGCCUGCAGGAUUACGUGGGCUGAUGUUGUCCGUAAUGGUGGCAGCCCUGAUGAGUUCUCUCACGUCAGUCUUUAACAGCUCCAGCACCAUCUUCACCAUGGAUGUGUGGAGAAACAUGGGCAAGGAUGCCUCACAGAAGGAGCUCAUGAUCGUGGGCAGAGUCACAGUUAUAGUAAUGGUGGUAGUGAGUAUCGCCUGGAUCCCGUUUGUAAAGGGAGCCCAGGGGGCCCAGCUCUUCAUCUACAUACAGAACAUCUCAGGUCACAUUACUCCGUCCAUGGCUGCCAUCUUCCUACUGGCUAUUCUCUGGACAAGGACCACUGAACAGGGUGCAUUUUGGGGCGCCAUGUUUGGAACUGCGGUGGGAAUAAUCCGCCUGAUACUGGACUUUGUUUACCCCAAACCAACUUGUCCUACCGUGGACACCAGGCCGGCCGUGAUCAAGCUACACUUCCUGUACUUCAACAUCAUCCUGUUUGUUAGCGUGGGCAUCAUCACUGUUGUAGUCAGCCUUUUUACUGAGCCUUUGUCAGAACAAAGUAUUGCCAGGCUGACUUGGUGGACCCGACACAGCACCGUGGAGUAUCUGCAGGAAAGCGCAGAAGCAGGAGAUACAGAUUCAGAAGCUCCCAGCCCACCCAUGGAACUAUCAGCACUAAACGGAACCGGUCACAGCAAAUCAAGUACCUCACAGGACACGUCAGAAAUCGGUAAUGCCAACCAACCUACUGUGGCAAUAAGAACAGAUGUAAACGUGGUAAAAAAUGAUGGUCCAUGGUAUAGAAGAUUAUGGAGGGCCAUGCUUGGACUUGAAGAGAGCACAACGAGCAGGGAAGGCAAACCCAGCAACAAGCAUGUGCUAAACGAGACCAGGAGAGACCAAAUCAUGUUGAACAUUGCUGCAGCCACUGCCUGUGUCACUGUGUCUAUUCUGUGGAUAUAUUACAGAUAGAUAUAGGGCCAUUUCUGGACAGUGGUACUGAGAUCAUUGCAGUUUCCCUAUAUUGCUUUUUGAUUUUGCAAUCCCUUGGGAAACCACCAGUACUGAAAAUCUACUGUUAAGUACUGGCCGACUACUGUUUAGUACUGAAAAAUCUACUGUCUAUCUACUGAAUAGUAACUAUCUAGUACUGUCAAUAUCUACUAAUUAUUCACACUUUAUGCAAAUUUCCAGUACUGACGUAGUAGAAAAACAGUAAAUACUCAGUGGAAAAUCAGUAAAUGAUCAGUAGAUACUUAUUGGGGAAACAGUAGAUGACUACUAAAUAUCUACUGACACACAGUAGAUGACUACUAAAUAUCUACUGACACACAGUAGAUGACUACUAAAUAUCUACUGACACACAGUAGAUGACUACUAAAUAUCUACUGACACAUAGUAGAUGACUACUAA